UGCUCCUCGGUGCUGAGAAUCAGAUGAGGAUGGAUAAGAGAUCUCGAAGCUCUUCCAGGGAGUCCCAUAGGAGAAAGAGACAGUCUCCAGCUACACAGAGGAAACAGGAGAAGAGGGAGAGAAGCAAAGAAGCCAGCAAAGAAACAGGAGAUAUAAGGCAGGAGAAAAAGGAGAUUAAGAGCGCUGUAGGGACUGAUGGUAGGGUGCACACAUCCACAGUGGUGGAUGUGGAUGAUGUGAUAUCUGAUGAAGAAAUGGAGGCAAUGAUGUUGCUGGACAGCGAGCAUCAAGAAGAAGGUAUGAAGUCUCCUGGUCUCAACAUCUGUGAGUGGCUUCUGACUAUAUUGUCUUUCCUGUUCAUCAUCAUGACUUUCCCCAUAUCUGUCUGGUUCUGCAUGAAGGUAGUACGGGAGUACGAGAGAGCCAUUGUUUUCCGGCUUGGGCAUCUCCUUCCUGGCAGGGCCAGAGGGCCUGGUCUUUUCUUUUACCUUCCCUGCCUGGACACAUAUCACAAAGUGGACCUCCGCCUCAAAACCCUAGAGAUCCCCUUCCACCAGGUGGUAACUAAAGACAUGGUUACACUGGAGAUAGAUGCUGUCUGCUAUUACCGUUUGGAGAAUGCCUCUCUUCUCCUCACCACCCUCACCAGCAUCUCCAGUGCCAUCCAGCUGCUGGUGCAGACCACCACAAAGCGCCUCCUGGCACAUCGAGCCUUCUCUGAACUUCUGUUGGAGAGAAAGAGCAUCAGCCAGGAGAUAAAGGUGGCUUUGGAUGCGGUUACAGGCUGCUGGGGGAUCAAAGUGGAGAGAACAGAAAUCAACAACGUGCAGCUGCCUGCUGAAGUCCAGCAGUCCUUGGCUGUGGAAGCAGAAGCCCAGAGGCAGGCCAAAGUGCGGGUGAUUGCUGCUGAGGGGGAGAAGGCUGCUUCUGAGUCCCUGCGGAUGGCAGCUGAGAUUCUGUCCAGUGCCCCUGCUGCUGCUCAGCUCCGUUACCUUCAUGCACUGCACUCCCUUGCUGCAGAGAAACCUGCUGCCUUCAUCUUGCCCUUACCUUUGGAUCCCACGAAUCUGGUCUCUCCAGCUACCCGCAGCCCUCCAGGAGUGAGCACCGUCAUCACAGACAGCACAGAGCUCCCAGAAAGUGUGAAAGACAACAAGGACUCACCUAUGCUCUAAGAGUUCUCCCAGAAAUGCUCAGGGAGGAGCAAGAUGGCUGGUCUAUGGGCAGCCCACCAGCAGGUACUGGACUGGAGGCAGGAGGGAAGGCAGCCCAGACC